CAAGCUUGCCUCCAUGUGGCCGCAAACAACAGCAUUUCCGUCAGCCAAUUCAGUUCUCCAUAUGAAUUCUUAUAUUUCUGUAAAUCAUGACAAAAGAAACGAUUUUGCGCAUACAAAGAAGUGAUAGUCUUGGUGACUUUGUCUUGGUUAAAGUUGCUAGGUCAGGCCGCUCAGAGCUUGAUCUAACACUGGUUGCCACAGAGGGGGAAGCUCCGUAUCGAGGUUUAGUGAAAUCGACUCAGAUUGAUAAAUUGCGCGCCAAAAAUUACCAGGGCACUGUCGACGAGUGGGCCGGCAUUCUUGCAUACGCACUUGGGCAGAAACAGCCUGCAUCGGUGCCCGAAGAGCAUAAGGCAGGGUUGGAAAUUGCAGCCACAGUUAAACAAAACGAAGAUGAUGAGAGCGACAAGGAGAUUGUCGUCACUUUGAGAAAGAGAAUCGAUACAAUUACUCAAAGAUUAGGAACCAUAUCUCUCAAGCAGGAUGAUGACCAGGCCAUCCAGCUUUUUGACUGGACUGGUCUGGCGGUGACGCGGGCGGAUGAACUGGAGGAAGGACUAACCUCCUUAACUGCUAAAUAUGAUGCAGUAGAAACCACCAUUAACAAGCUGAACUCGCAAUUGCAGGAAUUAAUAAAGAUCAAAUCGGAGCACGAUGACCAGUUGAUUGCUAAAUUCGCCCAGCUGUUAAAUGAGAAGAAGUUGAAAAUUAGGAAUCAGCAACGCUUGCUAGCGUCUGCAAAGAUUGAUCCCGCGACAGUGGAUGAGAUGAGAACUUCUGAUCCCUCAGAAAUUGGGAGUUCAAGGCAACGCGGCAAGCGCAAAGCAGAAGAACCUUCCAUAUCGUCAGAGAGCGAGGAUGGUUUUGACACAAUGGAUAUAGACAAUAUUGGGAAGAAGGGUACUGCUAGUCGAGAGAAUGAGGAAGAGGGCGCGGGUGACGAGGACAAUUCUACGGAUUCAGAAGGACAGGAAACCCCGGAUCCACUCGAGGAUGAAACUGCUAGCGAAGAUGAAGUAGAAGCGCCGACAAAAGCUCCUAGUCCUCCACCAGCUAUAAAUGGUGGAAAGAGGGCUACACGUGCGUCGUCAAAGCAACCGACAUCUUCGGCAACUACGACAAAGAAGACGUCCAGCCCUCCACCACGUCGAGAGCUUCCCUUUACAAGGAAGCGGGGUCCCAUGAAACCCAACCCUGCGGAGCAGGGUGAUUCUGGUUCUGAUGAUGAGUUGUGA